AUGGCUCUGAUAAGAGCGGGCUUGCAACGACUAGCCAAUGUAUUCAAUGGAGGACAAGCAGGUAUACUAUCAAGAUUUGUUACAAGCCUAUCUCCUGUUGAGUCUAAAACAGUCCCAGAAACUACAAAGGAUGUGAUAGCAGAAUGCAAUAACCUAAUUGAAAAGAAUGCCUCAAGAAAUUUUGCUAUAGUUCAUUUGUUGGGUAAACAGUGGCGUGUGACUGAUGGAGACCUUUUGGUUGUCGAAGGCUUCUGGCCUCCUAGCAUCGGAGACAAAAUCAGAUUGGAUAAAGUUUUAGUAGCUGGGACAAAAGACUUUUCCCUUAUUGGAAGGCCUUUAGUGCAACCUGGAUUAGUUGAUGUGACUGCCACAGUCAUAUCAAAGGGCCUCUCUCACACAAGAACUCAUUUCAAAAAGAAGAGGAGGAAGCAAUUUAUGAGAAUCAACUUUGUUAGGUCACCUCAAACUAUUUUGAGAAUUAACUCAGUGGAGAUAGCAAAUAAGAUCAAUGAAGCGCCCAAAAAUGUUUUCUAG